CUGAAGUCCCCUUAAAACCCUCGCGCCUUCCCUCUCUCUCUCUCGGUCCAAAACUUAGCUCGCAUUUUCAGUGAGAAAAACAGAGUUCGCGCCUCUCUCUUCCUACUCUAUCCCCUAUCCAAAACCCCAAUUGCGCUUCUCGAACUCAGCCAUGGCGGCAGAUCCAACUCAGUUCCAGCUCGCUCAACUCGCCGCCGUCCUCGGCCACGACGCAACUCAAUUCGAAGUUCUAAUCACCACCCUUAUGUCCACUUCCAACGAUCAGCGAUCCCAAGCCGAGUCUCUCUUCAACCUCUGCAAACAAACCCACCCAGAUACCCUAUCUCUCAAGCUCUGUCACGUGCUCUCCUCCUCCCCAAACCCCGAGUCACGUGCCAUGUCCGCCGUUCUCCUUCGCAAACUCCUCACACCCAACAACACCAACGACAAUUCCUUCCUCUUCCCCUCUUUAUCUCCUCAAACCCAAUUGACUCUCAAAUCCUCUCUGUUGAAUUCUAUUGUCACCCAGACAGCGAAAUCAAUCAAUAAGAAAUUGUGCGACACUGUCUCGGAGCUUGCGGCUUCUCUAUUACCCGAAAAUCAAUGGCCCGAUUUCUUACCCUUUUUGUUUCAAUGUGUAACAUCUGAUAAUAUGAAGAACCGUGAGAGUGCGUUGUUGAUUUUUGCUCAAUUGGCACAGUAUAUUGGGGAGACACUGAAUUUACCUCUGGAGAAUUUGCAUUCGGUUCUAUUGCAGUGUUUGGGAACAGGUAUGGAUUCGGAUGUUCGAAUUGCGGCGUUAGGGGCUGCUAUUAAUUUCAUACAGUGUUUAGAAGGGAGAGUGUUGGACAAGUUUCGGGACUUGUUGCCAUUGAUGAUGUCUACGUUGACGGAGGCUUUGAAUUGUGGGAAUGAGGCCGCGGCUAGUGAAGCAUUGGAGUUGUUGAUUGAGUUGGCGGGCACGGAGCCGAGGUUUUUGAGAAGGCAAAUUGUGGAGGUUGUGGGGACAAUGUUGCAGAUUGCGGGGGCUGAGAGUUUGGAGGAGGGUACGAGGCAUUUGGCCAUUGAAUUUGUUGUUACAUUGGCUGAGGCAAGGGAGAGAGCUCCAGGGAUGGUGAGGAAGAUGCCUCAAUUUGUGAGAAAAUUGUUUGAAAUUCUGAUGAAGAUGUUGGAGGAUAUUGAGGAUGAUCCUAAGUGGCACAAUGCGGAUAAUGAGGAUGAUGAGGAUGCGGGGGAGACAGGUAAUUAUGGGUUUGGACAGGAGUGUUUGGAUAGGUUGUCGAUUUCGUUGGGUGGGAAUAGUAUUUUGCCUGUUGCUUCGGAGGUGGUGCCAGUGUAUUUGGCUGCUCCUGAGUGGCAAAAGCAUCAUGCAGCACUCAUUGCGCUUGCACAGAUUGCAGAGGGUUGCUCAAAGGUGAUGAUAACAAAUUUAGAACAAGUGGUGUCAAUGGUUUUGAACUCAUUUCAAGAUCCACAUCCUCGCGUGCGGUGGGCAGCUGUCAAUGCAAUUGGGCAAUUAUCUACGGAUCUGGGUCCUGACUUGCAAGUCCAAUAUCAUCACCGGGUGCUGCCUGCAUUAGCUGCAGCCAUGGACGACUUCCAGAAUCCAAGAGUACAGGCCCAUGCUGCUUCGGCAAUUCUAAAUUUUAGUGAAAAUUGCACUGCAGACAUCCUAUUGCCUUACUUGGAUGGGACGGUGGCCAAAUUGCUUGUCCUGUUACAGAAUGGGAAGCAAAUGGUGCAGGAGGGUGCUUUGACAGCAUUGGCAUCAGUUGCUGAUUCGUCGCAGGAUCAUUUCCAAAAAUACUAUGAUGCUGUUAUGCCUUACUUGAAAGCUAUUUUGGUGAAUGCAACUGACAAGACUAAUCGCAUGCUUCGUGCCAAAGCCAUGGAGUGCAUUAGUUUGGUUGGAAUGGCUGUUGGAAAGGACAAGUUUAGGGAUGAUGCUAAGCAGGUUAUGGAAGUCCUUAUGACAUUGCAAGGAUCCCAAUUGGAGGCCGACGAUCCAACAACAAGUUACAUGUUGCAAGCAUGGGCCAGACUUUGCAAGUGCCUUGGGCAGGAUUUCCUCCCUUACAUGAAUGUUGUCAUGCCCCCUUUGCUUCAAUCUGCUCAACUGAAGCCAGAUGUUACCAUUUCAUCUGCUGAUUCAGACGCUGAUAUUGACGAUUCUGAUGAUGAAAGUGUUGAGACUAUUACACUUGGGGAUAAAAGGAUAGGGAUCAAGACAAGUGUUCUUGAGGAAAAGGCUACAGCUUGUAACAUGCUGUGCUGCUAUGCUGAUGAGUUGAAGGAAGGGUUUUUUCCAUGGAUUGAUCAGGUUGCCCCUACGUUGGUUCCGCUUCUAAAGUUUUAUUUUCAUGAAGAAGUUAGGAAGGCUGCUGUUUCAGCCAUGCCGGAGUUGCUGCGUUCAGCUAAGUUAGCAGUAGAGAAGGGGCAGUCUCAAGGUCACAAUGACUCUUAUAUUAAGCAGUUAUCUGAUUACAUCAUACCUGCUUUAGUGGAGGCGUUACACAAGGAACCUGAGACAGAAAUUUGUUCAAGCAUGUUGGAUUCUUUGAAUGAAUGCAUACAGAUUUCUGGGCCUCUUCUGGACGAAAACCAAGUAAGGAGCAUAGUGGAGGAGAUUAAACAGGUCAUUACAGCCAGUUCAACUAGGAAAAGAGAAAGAGCUGAGAGAGCCAAAGCAGAGGAUUUUGAUGCAGAGGAAGGCGAACUGCUAAAGGAAGAAGAUGAGCAAGAAGAGGAACUUUUGGAUCAAGUUGGUGAUUGCUUGGGCACUUUGAUCAAAACGUUUAAGGCUUCUUUCUUGCCUUUCUUUGAUGAACUAUCGUCAUAUUUAACUCCUAUGUGGGGUAAGGAUAGAACAGCUGAGGAGAGAAGAAUUGCCAUUUGUAUAUUUGAUGAUGUUGCUGAGCAAUGUCGAGAAGCAGCUCUUAAAUACUAUGACACUUAUCUUCCUUUCCUUCUGGAAGCAUGCAAUGAUGAAAACGCGGAUGUCCGCCAGGCAGCUGUUUAUGGAAUUGGGUUAUGUGCAGAGUUUGGUGGAUCUGUGUUCAGACCAGUUGUUGGGGAAGCUCUUUCCAGAUUGGAUGUGGUAAUAAAACACCCUAAUGCACUGCAUUCAGAUAGUGUGAUGGCAUAUGACAAUGCUGUUUCAGCUCUUGGAAAAAUAUUUCAAUUUCAUCGUGACUGUAUAGAUGCAGCAAAGGUUAUCCCUACAUGGUUAAGUUGUUUGCCUAUAAAGGGUGAUUUGAUUGAGGCCAAAGUUGUUCAUGACCUGCUUUGUUCAAUGGUGGAAAGGUCAGAUGGGGAACUUUUAGGGCCCAACAAUCAAUAUCUUCCAAAAAUAGUUGCAGUGUUUGCUGAGGUUCUUUGUGCGGGUAAAGAUUUGGCAUCAGAGCAAACUCUCAGUAGAAUGAUUAAUCUACUAAGGCAGCUUCAGCAAACAUUACCACCCGCUGCUCUUGCUUCAACCUGGUCAUCCUUGCAGCCUAAGCAGCAGCUUACACUGCAAUCCAUCCUUUCUUCUUAGUUCCUAUGCUAUGUUUGGCAUAUUAUCACUUCUCUUUGGGGGUGAAAGCUUUUUGUGUGGGGUCAGUUUGUAUUAUGCGUUUCAGUAUCCAUUCUUUUUCAAUAUAUCUGAUGUGCCUUUUUGCGUGCACUUUUUAAAAUGCAUACCUGCACUAUUGAUUGCAUGGGGUUGAAAGUAACAGAGUUUUGGUAUAAAAUGUGUAUAUUACAAGCAUUAUUCAUUGUAUGUCAUAAGAUGAGGGAAAAGAACACGAUUUGUAGUUGUCAUUGUGAAUCAAGAGUGUGUAUGAGGUUGCGGCUUGCCAUAGUCAAAUUUUGUAGAACUGCUGUUGUUUGCUCGAGUAUGUAAACACUUGCACUCUAUUGUAUUGGUUUCUUAUCCUUUUCUGU